AUGAAUACUUUGAAUAGCGAAAGUAGUGGCUCUAAUUUAAAUAAUUCCAAACCUAGUUACUAUCAGGAUUAUUUAUAUUAAGAUGAAGGUUUAUGUAAUAGAGGAGCUGCUAAUUCCCAUAGAUUUUAUUCUUAAAAAUACUAAGCAAGGUUUUUAGAUUAGUCAGAUGAUAGAACAUGUGAUAAAAUAAAUACAAGCUUUUACUAUGAUACAAAAAUGCAAACUAUUUAAUAAUUGUAAAACUAAGUGGAAAAAUUAGUUGAGGAACUAAGAACUUAAAUACAUAUCAAUAAAGACAUAUUAUACGAAAAUGAGAAGCUCCAAAUAAAAUACAGAAGGUUGAAAUAAAUGGUUUUGGAGUAUAUUUAAAAUGACGAAACUGAUACUGAGAGAAUUUUUAACAACUACAACACUACUCUAGAAAAACUCGUUAGUUAAUAAUAAAAGUUAAAGGAAGCAUUGAUUAAUUCAGAGAAAAAGAAAUAUAUUGAUGUGAAUAAGCUCUAUGAUGAGCGUAAGUUAGAAGAAUAAUUUUUAAAAAUAAAACAAGAAAACACUUAAUUAAAACAAAAGCUAGGAAGACCAAGAAAUGAUUUAAAUUAGGAUUAGAUGAUUGAUAAAUAUAUUAAAGAGGAAAGAUAAAGAACACCUUCUAAACAUAAAGAAAAAAAUAAAAUUUAAGAUGCAAAAAAUAUACUAUCUAAGUUGAUGAAUAAAGAAAACUUAGAUAGAUUAUCUAAAGAAAUAAGUAAUUAAAGGUAUGUAGGUCUUGAUUAAAAUGUUCAUUUUUUUUACAAUAAUGACGAAAAUAUGUAUAAAUAUAGAGAAAAAUCAAAAGAAGAUACUAACAGAUUAAAUAAAUCUUAAAAUAAUUCCAAAAACACACCUAAAAAGUAGAAAUCAAAAUAAGACUACCAAAGCAAUCAUCCAAAAGGCUAAGUUUUAUAAAAUUUAUAUUCUUUUGGGUACAGAAGUCAUCACAGUAGUUCUUAAAAUUCUGAAGAUUAAAUUGAUGAUUUAGUAAAUUAUAACACUAAAUUAAAUAAAAACAUAUCUUAAUUUCCAUAGAAAUACUAAAUUAAUGACAAUUAUAUAAAUAAAUCUGUUAGCUAAAAUCAAUUAAAACCUCAUAAAAACUAUCAUUAAUGA